CUAGCAUAACUUGAAUUCGUGUAGCUAUCCAAGAAAUCGAAAUUAAUGGCAAAUCAACCUAAUCUAGUCUUAAGUCCAGGCACGCCUUUACUACAUCGUCACAAUUUUCCUCCUGGUUUUGUGUUUGGAACAUCAUCAUCUGCUUAUCAGUAUGAAGGUGCAGUGGAGAACCGUGGCAAAAAUAUAUGGGACUCUUUCACACGGAUCCCUGGUAAAAUAAAGGACGGUUCUAAUGGAGAUAUUGCUGUUGAUUCUUAUCAUAAGUUCGAGGAAGAUGUGGCGUGCAUGAAAAGAAUGGGUGUAGAUGCCUACGGAUUUUCAAUUUCAUGGUCUAGAAUAUUGCGAGGUGGAAACCUCAGUGAAGGUGUGAGCUCAGAAGGAAUCAAAUACUACAAAAACCUCAUAAAGAAGCUCCUGGACAAUGGCAUAGAGCCCGUUGUGACUCUCUUCCACUGGGAUCUUCCCCAACCUCUAGAAAAUGCUUAUGGUGGCUUCUUAAGUCACAAAAUUGUGGCUGAUUUCUGUAUAUACGCGGACUUUUGCUUCAAAACAUUCGGUGAUCAAGUGAAGAACUGGGUGACACUGAAUGAGCCAAGUUGCUAUAGCAGCGGUGGGUAUGCAACAGGUUCACUCGCACCGGGUCGUGGUGCUUCAGCGCAAGGGCAUGCAACAGUUUCACUUGCACCGGGUCAUGUUUCUUCAUUGCCAAGGCAUUCAAAUAUGGGUAUCAUUCCUCCUACAUGGGGUCGAUAUACUUCUUGGCAACCAAGUUGCAACAAUGGCGGUGAUAAAGGCAUAGAGCUGGGUGAUUCCGGCACAGAGCCGUAUUUGGUGACGCAUCACCAACUCCUUGCUCAUGCAGCUGCAGUAAAACUUUACAGGGAGAAAUAUCAGGCAUCUCAAAAGGGAAAGAUUGGAAUCAAGCUGAUGGUAGUAUGGAUGGAGCCUCUCACUGAAUCCAAGGGCAACCGCGAUGCUGCUCUACGAGCUCUAGAUUUUCUGUAUGGAUGGUUUAUGGAUCCAUUGACUAAUGGUGACUAUCCACAUAGCAUGCGAACUCGUGUAGGAAACAGACUUCCGAAGUUCUCUUCUAUAGAAUCCAUGAUGGUGAAGGGGUCAUUUGAUUUCAUUGGACUAGACUACUAUACUGCUAGAUAUGCAGCUAAUGAACCUAAUUGUACUGGGAAACCAAGUUACCUUACAGAUUCUGGUGCUCAGCUCUUAACUGAGAGGAAUGGGAUCCCUAUUGGUCCAAAGGCUGGUUCAGAUUGGCUCUAUGUUUAUGAAAAAGGAAUUUGGGAUAUUUUACUCUACACAAAGAGAAAGUACAAUAACCCACUUGUUUAUGUUACAGAGAAUGGGGUUGAUGAAGCAAAUGAGCCCACAUUGUCACUUCCACAAGCCUGUAUUGACAUCCACAGAAUUGAUUUCCAUUAUAAACAUCUCUGUUUCGUUAAGCGAGCGAUUGAGGAUGGUGCCAAUGUGAAGGGAUAUUUUGCAUGGUCGCUGAUGGAUAAUUUCGAGUGGAGUGAGGGUUUCACCGUUCGUUUUGGCAUAAACUAUGUGGAUUUCAAGAAUGGGUUAAAACGAUAUCCAAAACUCUCGUCUGUAUGGUUCAACGUUUUGCUCAAAAAGUAGUGACAUCUGUGUGUGAUUACUGCUAAUAAACUACCGCGUGCUUGCUGCCAAUAAGCUGAAGAUAAUUUCUCGGUUAUGUUCUCUAAUGAAUAUCUAUAAUAUAUAUAUAUAUAUAUAUAUAUAUAUAUCUAUAUAUUCUCAAAAUCCCCAUCUUCAGUGUUGGGAUGGGUUGAAUUUGAGGGAUGGGGAAGGGCUACCCCUGCUGUUUAGCUUGCUGUUGUCUUCUGGUCAAGAAAUGUGUGUGUCUAUGUAUACAAUAAGUAAAUAAAUUAAUGGCCUUGCUGUUGGAUGGCCUUUUUGUUUCA